AUGGAUCCUGACGAGACUCCGUACCAGGGUUUUUUUUACGAUUCCCAAUCAUCGGACAUCGUCGCCAAAGUUGUAUUUAAUAUAUUUAUUUUUGUUUCGAUCGUGUUGUCAAUUUCCUGGGUGCUGAGUCGUCGGGUAAGACAAUUUUCAUAUCUUACAAUCGGUAGCGUUCGAGUUCGUUGCCGAUUUUGGAUGAGAACUUUCCAGAUGUUUCCAUGAUCCUCAAAGGGCGCGACGUCAUGCAUCUCGCGAGAUAUCGUACUGAUAUCCCAAAUGAGGUUCUUUAUGUCCAUACUGGAUCUCAGUACAUCUGUAUGGUGAAAAAAUGGUAUCUUAUGGAGCAAGUUCGCCAAAAUACUGCCCAUUUAAGGGUUUUCUCAAGAGCUCCAGGUUAGUUACACUUCUUUCUCUGUUCUUGUUUCCGAAGAGUUUAUUUUAUUGAAGUAGCCAAUUUAUGAGAUCCCUUAUGGCACAUUCUUGUCCUAGACAAGGAACUUCCUUUGCUAUCAAUUUUAAAUGCAGUCUGCUGCGGUCACCUCCAACUGGCCUCAUUUUCACGUAUCUGAGACAACCCGAUCAGUCAUCAGUUAUUUUAUUCUAUCAUUGAGCAUCCUGCUUCCUAAUUCGAGCUGUGCUCUUGCUGAUAAAAUCUCUUCCCCGAUCUAAAUAACAGCUUUCCCCAAAGUUGUACUCUGACGCAGGAGCGAAAUUCACUAACAAUAAGUUUCCAUUUCGGCGCGAAUGCUGUCGCGCAAACUACCCGUCUUGUUUUUAUGUUCACGGAAUCCGUAUUACUAUUACUUAAUUCCGUUUUCGACCUCUUAUGAAAGUAGGUCUCUUCAAGUCCUUCUCACUAUUUGUGUUUUGUUUUCUCGAUUUUCAUCGCGGACAGAAUAGAUGGGGAAGCGUGUCCGAGUCUUUGACUACGAAUAUAAUAAAACAACUGUGGAAACAAAGGAAACCAUCCAUUUGGCAUUUAGAGUUCACAUUUUCAUACUGAAACGACAACCGCACAUAGUCAAUCAGUCAUGUUCAACAAAUCUGCACGAAGAGCAGGUAACAUGCCCACAGGAAACCUAUGGACGCCGCGAUUGGCAGUCCUAGACAUCAAUGGGAGGUCCUAAAGCGCAAAUAAUCCAACGAAGUUGAACUGGGUAACCACAGCUGUCCUUCCAAUUCGUGAAUUUCUUUUCUUAGUACCCUUUCUGUCAUUUUACCCCCGAAGCAAGCAACGGUGCUUCACUAACAAAAUACUUUAUUUCAGGAAACUAAGAUAAUGAGUGGCAUGCAGUGAUGGUCUUUUCUGUUAUCGUCUUCCCGAAAGCCUUUUUUGUUUGACGCCUUUCUUUAGAGAACGUACGAAGGGACUGGCGCGGUUUGACAUUUUCCGACCAAUUCACUCCUGGCUACAGCGAUUUUCGUACUCUCUUCGACCUUUCUUUGCUGAAUUUUCCCACUUUCGCUCAUAUCGGCGGCGCCCGCUUCGGACUCCAACUCUUUGCCCACUUUCUUGAACGUCAACAGUCCACUCAGCUAUCUGCCCCUGAGUUCAAUCUUUUGGCGCUGCAUGUCUUAUGUGCGACUGCCUUACUGCGUACGGAACCCGGGAAACCGAUAGACCAGGCCACUGACGAGACAGAAAAAGUGAUUCUCGGUCUGGACAGGCUGCUUCAUAGUCUCCUGCAAAUUCACGUGGAUGGUAAGCUUCGAUCCGGCGUGGAGCCUGAUGUCAGCAUGACGGCAAUAUUCAAGGCAGCAGACGCGCUUUUCAAUCCAAUAAUUCUGUUGGAAAUUGAGAGGGUCACUGCCGCCAAGUUGGAAGAACAGUCCGAACAGGAGGAAGAGGCUGACGGUUGGAAUUUUGUUUCCCCUUCGCGGUGCGCUUGGACAACCAGUCUUCUAUCGCAUCUGCUUUCCUACAAGUCCCUACUGGAAGAGGAGGAAGGCACUGACUUCUCCUUCCUCACACUGCGCCACAUUUCGCACAGCCUCUUGGAGAUUCUCUUGUUGGGGCGGCAUACUCUGGCAGUCUGCCUGCACACCUGUUUGACAGUCUUGGCUGAAAGGCCGGACUGGCGGGCCCACCUCCGCAAAGAGCUUGCCGCACAUGCCGUCGGAUGCCAACGCAGAGGGGUAUCCGCGGAAACACAGCUCACGGUAAGAUUUUUAUUUCACCGAGAUCACCUUCCAAGUUACCACCCAGCAAGACGAGUUGGAUGAGUGCAUCGCUUUCGCUAACGGGGUCGCAAUCCCGCAUAUCACAGACUGGACACUGUCGGGUUAACAAUAGGGUUUUCAAGGCCCUUUUUAAAGGCAACCCCACUCCAAAAUAACUCUUUUUGCGGGAAACUCCACCAGAAAGAACUCAUUUCUACCCGGAAAGUUGGUUCCAGGAAAGGACAGCCCUAGUACCAACAGUCACACCGCAAUACCCAUAGCGAAUGCGAGGAACCUGUUCGCACCCUAUCUAAGGUAGACACGUCAUAGAUGAAAGCCAAAUUCAGUAAGACCAUAACUGAUGGUGCUUGCAGCGUGACUCCGAGUUAAUUAUUUUUUAGUCCUUUCAGGCAGAUUAGACGAAGAAGCGUUGGGUCCUGUCAACCACUGCGCAUUGAUCGACGGGUUGAUUUAUGCUGACGUAGCGGUCUAAAUAGCCAAUCGUGCCGAGUGCCAGUCAGUGCAAUAUCCAAGAGACGGACUCCACAAUGUUCUGAAAGCCUCCGAAUUGUUCGUGCGCGGACGCACCAGUCUGAAUUAGUGAACUGUUAGCAAUCCUGGUAAAAACCCUCAUAGCCUUUGGACCACUGGCGAUAGCUCAAUUUAUCAUGAUUUAAGAUCAGCUUUACAAUUUUGGCGCCUGACUUUGCCCGCGAGUGUAACAAGGAUACACUCCAGUCCUGGUGGCUAAGAAAGCCAAAGCCUGAUCAAACAAUUGACCUAACCGUAAUCACAUCCACCAUGCGGUAACUGAUAGCCCACCACGGUGUAGUGAACAUUUGUUCUACCUAUUUGGUUGUCGCCGAAAGGUCUAAAAGUGAACGGUCAGGAUCGAAACAAGUAAUAGGCAGGUGUAGGUCCUAGUAUAACUCGUAUGUUUCAGGGCGACCUACGUGUCGUCAUUCUUGCCACACCCAUGCGCGAGGAUGUACGGAUAGCCAGUUUGAUUGACGAUAAAACUACAUGCUCGAUUGCAAGCGAGUGCAUCACUCUGAUCACCCCUGCGUCUCAACGAGGUUGUGCUAUGAGCAGUGGUCACACCCGGUAACCCUACGAGGGUAGUCUGGUGAACUUGUCUGUGGGUAUAUUAUAGGAGGGAUCCGCCACUGCAUCAGAGCCCAUCACCAUUUGCUGGCGCUGGAACUCGAUUGAAUUUAAGAAAGAAGACAUCAUACUCCACAGACCUCUCGCUAUAAACCAACGCGAUGACAAGUCACCACCGCUUCCUGUGGGGCAUUGGUGACCACCAUCAUGCCCGGGGAACGAUCAUCCACCCGCGGUCUGUUUCAGAAGCUCGUUGAUCUAGCUGCUAACCCUUAGCAUUGCUCAGAUGUCGAGCGAACGUUGGUUAUAGGGCCAGGAGAUAGAGACAACAAAGGCACGUGGCGACGCAACUGGUAACGCAACUUACACAAAUGUUUGACGAGACUGCAGUAACUAAACUAGCAGCCCCAUUCCAGCGAAAUCUCAGAGAUUCGACGGGUACGGCUUAGCAAACACCGCCAGCACUAACUUCUAACAGUCGGGCCCAGCCCUAUCAAGCUCUAACGGCCGCUAAUGCAUCGGUUCGGCAUGCCCAGACCCCUAGAGCUCAACUAUCAGACAGCUAAAAGGUUUGCGACUGCCCAAUCCUCUGUUGUCACAAGAAUGUACCGCUCAUAAAACCCCUAUGCAAGACAAAUUUUGAGCAAACACUUUGAAACGUGUAAAAACUUGCACCAUACGUUCUCCGCCUUGCAGGACGACUGCCUUGAAGUGGAAGUUGACUGCCUGCCCUGGACCAAGGCGUUGUGCCUGGAGACCCUACGAUUCACGGUGGCCGGUUGGCCAUUCGAUGCACUGUUCGAGGCCACACGGGACGGUCAGAUCUCCGACCACAACUACAACGCCGGUGACCUCAUACUCCUCAAUGAGCCGCUAGUCUUUCACGACCCCGGUGUCUGGUUUGGUGCCGCAGAUAGGUCAGCCGCCGAGGUUUACGACUCAGUAGGCAGCCAAAAACGCCCUUUUAACCCCUUCAAUUUUGCAGACCUGCACAGCUCGACAACUGCCUACCUUGUUUCAAACCUGCUACUCAGUUCGGGUGUCUGCCAGCCGCCACGUACUUUCAUUUACCGACUGUUCCUGGCCACGCUGGUGGAACUCUUCGGGAGGGGUUGGGAGUUUGAGGUGGACGGCCCACUCCCCUGUCCCCAAAACCUAAAUGACCCUGCCUGCAGGUUCCACGCCCUCGGACGCACCCUACCCGCUUUGACUUUAUUACGCUCAAAUUCGCAGUAA